AUGGCGACGAGCUCCGCUCCCGAUAUCGACAUUGUCAUCGAGGAAACGAGAAGGACCCCAUUCACAAACAGAAUCGCCAGCGUAAGACUGUAUCACGUUGGGAAACUGAAAUUCCCCGAAUACGCCGGGAACACAGACCCAAAAGCCCAUGUGCGAGCUUUCCGUCUAGCAAUAUCAAGAGCACACCUCACCGACAAUGAAAAAGAAGCUGGAUACUGCCGUUUCUUCGCCGAGAACCUCACUGGAGCCGCCCUAGAGUGGGAAGAAUUGGUGGUACGAGCACAUAUCUCGUUGGACGACGCCCUACACCGAGCCUCUUAUUUCGCCACUCGUGAAGAGGAAGGCGCAGCCUUGAAAGAACAGUAUAGUGCGAACAAGAACAACACAACCAAAAAACCUUCUACUCCUAAAGAACCAACCACCAAAGGGCAACAUUCCUACGCAAUAAAUAAUUCGCCGCAAAAGUCUUCAACAUAUGACCUUAGCAAAUGCUGCACUUUCCAUGAUCGCAAGGGCCACUCGACCGAAGAAUGUCGAGCCGUACUUCGCAGUCAAAACAAAAAUACUAACGAAGAAGCCGAAGAAGAAGAAGAGCCAGUGACUCUGAUAUCCAACCGAAAGACCAAAGCCUUAACAAACAAAAGAGGCAGGGAGAUCGAACAUGAAUCACCAUGGGGGCAGAACAGCAACACAACCGAUGAAAUCAAGAGCCAAACCGAAGGAAAAAUCCGCUUCGAGAUCUCGGUAGCAAUCCGCACAUUGGAAAAUCCCGACGAAGUCACUCCCCCUCCCUGUGUCACUCCAUACAACCAAAACACAAAACCUCCUAGUGUAAAAAUCUCCAACUUCAAGCGAAAGAAUAAAAUGACCAAAACUCGCGAGCUGUUGGAGAAACCGAUUCAAAAACAAGACAUAAUGCAGACUCUCAAUCGCAAUCUGUCUAGGGGACAGAGCCACUACCAACCAGCACUGACUAAGAGGUGGAAUUUUCCGGCCCACAACAAGGGCAAAAAACGGAUCGACUUCAUCUACGGAGGCUCCAAAUUCUGCAAUUCGGUCAACUCAAUGAAAGCAUACCAACGGAGUGCAGAAAACAACGUAGGAAUUAGAGAGCCCUUGUCAGGUCCCGAUCAUGAAAUCACCUUCAACGAAAAAAAACCGCACGACGACGCUCUUGUGAUACGAAUCGACGUUGGUGGCUGCGAACUAUCCCGAGUAAUGAUCGACACCGGGAGCUCGGCCGAUGUCCUCUUCUACGAGGCGUUUAAAAAAAUGGGAUUCACUAAAGCACUCCUAAAGCAAGAGCGAACUCCCUUCAUCGGCUUCGAAGGAGAGACCGCCUAUUCUCUCGGAUCGAUCGAGCUCGCGGUAACCGCUGGAGAAAUCAGAAAAAUCGUAGAAUUCAUCGUGAUAGACCGUCCGGCCCCAUUCAACGCAAUCCUCGGGAGACCUUGGCUAUACAGCAUGAAGGCAGUCCCCUCGACAUAUCACCAUGGCCUGAAAUUUCCAACCUCAAAAGGAUUCGAAACUAUCAGAGGAAGCCAGAAUCCGGCGUCUUAA